CCUAUUCUUUGACAAUGAUGAACUAGUAUGGUUUCCGCAAAGAAUAUGCUUAGAUCUCUUUAGAUCAGUAGCAAUGGCAUGUCUAUGAUAACAUUGGGAACCCAAAUUCUCCAUUUUUAUCAAGAAUCUUACCAUCACCAUGAAGAUCCAUUUUAUUCUGUUAUUCUUUGGUCUUUUAAUUUCUCCUUGCUUCUCCAAACCCAAAAUCACAGUUACUCCGGCCAUCGUCAAAAAUUCCGGUGACACUAUCACCAUAACCUGGUCAAACAUCGAUUUACCUUCAAAUCUCGACUGGGUGGGUCUCUAUUCACCUCCUAACUCACCACACGAUCACUUCAUCGGCUACAAAUUCCUCUCUUCAUCGCCCAAUUGGCAAUCCGGGUCGGGCUCCAUUUCACUACCCAUCACCAAUCUAAGAUCCAACUACACCUUCCGGAUCUUCCGCUGGACCGAAUCAGAAAUCAACCCGAAACUUCAUGACCACGAUCACAACCCGCUUCCGGGAACGGCCCAUUUGUUGGCGGAAUCGGAGGAGGUCGGGUUCGUGUCGGGUGGGGAUAGGCCGGAGCAGAUCCAUUUGACGUAUACGGAUAUUGAAGAUGAGAUGCGGGUUAUGUAUGUGGCGGGUGAUAAAGAAGAGAGGGCUGUGAAAUGGGGAGAAGCUGAUGGAGAGUGGAGUCACGUGAGUGUGGCACGUGUGGUUAGGUAUGAGCGAGAGGAUAUGUGUGAUGCUCCUGCUAAUGGAAGUAUUGGGUGGAGAGACCCUGGUUGGAUCCAUGAUGCUGUAAUGAAUAAGUUAAAGAAAGGUUUUAGAUAUUAUUAUCAGGUUGGAAGUGACUCUAGAGGUUGGAGUUUAACUCGGAGCUUUGUGUCGCGGAAUGGAGACACCGAUGAAGCAGUUGCGUUCUUGUUCGGAGAUAUGGGAACUGCAACUCCAUUUUCCACCUUUAUUCGCACACAGGACGAAAGCAUAGCAACAAUGAAAUGGAUCCUUCGUGACUUGGAAGCUAUUGGUGACAAGCCUUCUUUUGUUUCACAUAUAGGAGAUAUCAGCUAUGCAAGAGGCUACUCAUGGAUUUGGGAUCAAUUUUUUACUCAGAUUGAGCCAGUUGCGUCCAGAGUACCUUACCAUGUGUGUAUUGGUAACCAUGAGUAUGAUUGGCCUUUACAACCCUGGAAGCCUGAUUGGGCUACGUAUGGAACUGAUGGAGGUGGGGAAUGCGGGGUUCCUUACAGUCUUAAAUUUAAUAUGCCUGGAAACUCUUCGGAGCCAACUGGUUCCCGAGCGCCUGCCACUCGGAACCUUUACUACUCUUUUGAUAUGGGGGCUGUGCAUUUUGUGUACAUAUCAACUGAAACCAAUUUCCUAGUUGGGAGCAGCCAACAUAACUUUCUAAAGCAAGAUCUAGAAUUGGUAAACCGAAGCAAGACACCUUUUGUGGUCGUCCAAGGGCACAGACCAAUGUAUACCACAAGCCAUGAAACCAGAGAUACUGCCCUGAGGAACAAAAUGCUUGAGCACCUAGAACCCUUAUUGGUUAAAUAUAAUGUCACCCUUGCAUUGUGGGGUCAUGUUCAUAGAUACGAAAGGUUUUGUCCGGUAAAUAACUUAAAAUGUGGAAGCACUUGGAAGGGAUUUCCAGUCCAUGUUGUAAUUGGAAUGGCAGGACAAGACUGGCAGCCUAUAUGGCAACCAAGAGUUGACCACCCAGAUGAUCCUAUCUUUCCUCAACCUGAGCGGUCCAUAUACCGUGGAGGUGAAUUUGGAUAUACUAGAUUGGUCGCCACAAAGGAUAAACUGACAUUUUCUUAUGUCGGAAACCACGAUGGGGAGGUCCAUGAUAUGGUGGAGAUGUUUGCAUCAGGUGAAGUUUAUAGUGGGAACGGUGGUGGUAGUGGUAGUAAUGAGGUUUUGGGUGCAAAACUGGAGAUGGUUGCAGAUUCGACGUUCUCGACAUUUGUCAAGGGUGCAAGUGUCUUGGUGCUGGGGGCUUUCAUAGGCUAUAUUCUGGGGUUUAUAUCACAUGCCAGAAAGCAGAGUGGUGAAAGAGGCAACUGGAGUCCUGUAAAAAGUGAUGAAGUUGAAGCAGUCUGAACUUUGGACUAGUGAUUGAUUCAGAAUUUUCUUCCAUGUAUUUGAAAAUCUGUUCAUAUGGAUAUAAUGGAUUCUGUACUCUACACGAAGUUCCUGCCUGUUUGGGCAAGCCGAGUAGGAACCUUAAAAAAGUAUGAGUUCAAUGUACUUUAUCUUGUUGAAGUUGUAAGUGUACUGGAUUCUGCCCUUUUUAGCCACAACAAAUCUUUGUAUAAAUAGUUGGAAAAAAAAUACAAUAAAAUGAAAUUCUUUGUUGCUUAA